GGCCCUUUAAGAGGAGCGGGAGGAGGCGCGGACCGAGCAUCCUGACCCUGGCUGCGCUGUUUUUGUCUUUCUGUCACUGAGCGCUCCAGGCUGGGCCGAGGCGGCUGAAAGGAUUUCCAGAGGGGAAGGUGCUGACUGUAAGAGGGCAAGAAAAGGAAGGGAAAGCAAGGAGCCUGGGGAGGAGAGAUCCUGUCCUUGCAGUGCAAGCAGCUGGUGAGUGUUUGUGUGUGACUGUUUGAAGAACAGCCACGGACUCAUAAUGGCACAGGUGCUGCACAUGGACCCCGGAUUCCCAGGGAAACUCAACACGCCCGUUCCCCCUUCCCUGCACACCAAAGAACAGGAGGCGCCCUACUCAGUGGAGACCCCCUAUGGCUACCGUCUGGACCUAGACUUCCUCAAAUAUGUUAACGACAUAGAAAAGGGGAACACUAUUAAGAAGGUGCCUAUCCAGCGCCGGCCGCGUUAUGGCUCCCUGCCCCGUGGUUAUGGCUAUGCUGGAUCCUGGUGGACCUCCACAGAGUCUUUGUGCUCCAAUACCAGCAUGGACAGCCGGCAUUCCUCCUACUCCUACUGCGCCCCAGGCUACCACACGUCACAGAGGCCCAGCUUUAGUACUGCCCGGGUGGAGAAGACCCUGUUGGAUGCUCGCAGGAAGCUGGAAGAGGAGAAAGAGGGGCGGAGAUUUUCCAACCUGGGCAGCAUGCACAGCAGUGUAGCAGGCUCUAACACCUCCAUCAGCAGCGCGCACAGCUUCAACAGGGCACAGGGUGGCAGUGGAUCCUUUACACCCCUGAGUUCUGGCCUCUCCACUCCGGUGACUCCAACCCCAGCCCACUUGCAACACGUUAGGGAGCAGAUGGCUGCAGCCCUGAGGAAGAUAAAGGAGCUAGAAGAUCAGGUGAAGACCAUCCCUGUGCUCCAGGUCAAAAUCUCUGUGCUACAGGAGGAGAAACGUCAGCUCAGCGUCCAGCUAAAGAGUCAGAAGUUCCUGGGCCACACUCUGGGUUUCAAUCGAGGGCGUCCCAGAGGGGAGCUCUACAUUGACAUCCCUGAAGAAGAGGUGAGCGCCGGAGCAAAAAGCUCCAACAAGCCAGCAGGGCCGCUGUCUCCCACUACACCUGAUGGAUCCAAACAAGACUCGGGGUGUGAGAUUGAGGACCAGGUGAUCGUGGGUGGGGCGCGACCAGAUGUAAAGCGGGAAGUGCGCACCAUCGGAGUGGGACCGGAGGACUCACGGAGCACCUGUCAUGUAGGAGUCUGGGUUCGGGAGAAGGAUCUGGGGCUGCUGCCUGAGACAGAGGCUCUUAAAAAUCAAGUGAGUCAACUUGAGGGCCAACUAAAGAGGACAAUGCAGGAUCUGCAGGCUGUGCAGCAGGUUGCAUCAGUCCAGAAGGCUCCUCAGGCGGACCAUCCAGUCAUUGCUACCAGCAUGGGCUGGCAGGAGUCGCAAGGCUGCAGGCUACACACGCUAGUCAGCUUCACACAGCAGCCACAGCAAAGGGAACAGAGAACUGUGGGAAUCCAAGUGUACACGCUGGAGCAGCCGACCGUGGUGGAGGUGGGCACACUACUCCGAGCAGAGACCUGCAGCUCCCCCUCCCCUCAAUCAGCUGGUAGGAUCGUGGAGGGACACCACAAAGGCCCAACUGAAGAUGCUCCACUUGAGUUGCCGAUCGCAGUCAGCUCCAAGCAGGUACGUGAUGUCUUAAAGAGCGGGUUAUCCACAUCGGUACCUGUAGCGAAUCCUGCCAUCGCUGUGGUGCACUCUAAAGAAGAAGAGGCACACUUGCAUACAACCAGUGAUCCUCUCCAGUCAGAAGAAGGCUUGUCCAAGGCCGCCUCGUCUCCCCAGUCCUGUCUGAGAUCCAUUAUGAAGAGGAAAGCAGAAGGAGAACCAGGCUCUCCCUCAACUAAGAAAAACCUUCAGUUCAUUGGAGUCAAUGGAGGCUAUGAGUCCACAUCAUCAGAUGACAGCAGCAGCGAGAGCUCAGACGAAGGGAGCGACUCCAGUGAAUAUCAUGAAGCCAGAGAAAAACUCCCAGAGUCUACUAUCCAGCACCAGCAGCCCGCGCACAAUAAUGCUCCCCAGCCACAAGACAACUCCAGUGUACCUCAACAAACUCCCGUCACACUGCCAGCGGCCGCUCUGGACUCACAGAGGAGUUCCAGCCAGUCCGCAACUGUAGACACGAGACUGUCGGACAAAGCUCCCCAGUCACCAGCGACACACACUGUUGUGCAAAAAUGUGCCUCGCAGCCACCAGCAUCAGCCCCUACUCCAACUCCUCCAUGUCCAGCAAAGGAUUCUACUUCUAAAGAGACUGUCAGCCAGUCGUCAGAAAAGCACACCAGGACCCAGGAAACUGCCUCUACGUUGUCUAGCACUGAAUCCACUUCUGAGCAAAAUUCCAUCAAGCCUUCGCUCACCUGCUCUUCAUCGCCACAUGUCACUAUAACCACUGAGAUUACCAAGCAGCAAUACAGCAUCCAGUCAGAAACGUCUGUCCUCUCCAGGCAGCCGGAGUCCAAGCCAGCGGAUGAAAAUAUUACAAAUGAAUCAGCCGCUGUCUCUUCCAAACAAUUCAGACUGGAGCUGAGCGACAGCCUGAUGUCAGCUCUGCAUACCUUGCAAAAAGCACUUGGUGAACCCAAUGCCUUCAGCCAACAAGGAGCGAGGGCAGCCUACACCACUGUGCUGCAGGAGUGGCUGCGUGUGUCCUGUCACAAAGCUGCCGAAACGCCUGUUGUCAAGGCCUACAUGGACACCUUCGGCUCGAUCUCCCCUCAGCUGCUGGAGUUCGUGAUCAACAUGGCAGACGGCAACGGGAACACUGCACUUCACUACACAGUCUCCCACUCCAACUUCCCUGUGGUGAAACUUCUGCUCGACACUGGCCUGUGUAACGCUGACAAGCAGAACAAGGCAGGCUACACAGCCAUCAUGCUGACGGCUUUGGCUGCCUUCCAUUCUGACAGUGACCUUCAAACUGUCCUGCAGCUGCUGCGCACAGGGGACGUCAACGCCAAGGCCAGCCAGGCCGGACAGACGGCGCUGAUGCUGGCGGUCAGCCACGGUCGAGGGGACAUGGUGCGAGCGCUGCUGUCUUGCGGGGCACAAGUCAACAUCCGCGACGACGACGGCUCCACCGCCCUCAUGUGCGCCUGCGAACACGGCCAUGUGGACAUUGUGCGUCAGCUACUGUCCGUCCCAGGCUGUGAUGCCACUCUUACGGAUAACGAUGGCAGCACGGCUCUGUCCAUCGCGCUGGAGGCCAGUCAGAACGACAUUGCGGUGCUUCUCUAUGCCCACCUCAACUUUGCAAAGCCUCCUUCCCCUGUUUCACCCAAGUCUCCUCUCUUGGGUUCUUCUCCUCCUGCUGGUGAACAAAAGUAAACCACACCCCUGCCUCUUACAGCAGCUUGCUCUCCACUUCAUAUUCAUCCAUGUAAUUAAGAAAUACGACGAGUUUGUUUGUGUGUUUGUGUUCACCCAGCAUAAUUUAAGUACAUUAUACUGUAAAGACAAUUACAUGACAGCUUGCACCAUUGUUAUCCAUUACUUUUUGUACACAAUCGUCUUUUUUUUUUCUUUUCUUAUAUCAGCUGUGGUCGAAAAACUUUGGAUUUCUAGUGUGAUACAAUCUGACAAACUGAACAUUUAACUGCCCAGUCUAGCAAUAAUCCAGUUUUGUGGCACUCACCGGUCGAAACUGUUCACUAAAUUUCAUUAUACAGUACAUUAUCAUACACGUGUUGCUUUAUCCUUAUCAUCCUCAUAUUAUCUGCUUAACUGUACACUUGCUGUUACACAGUAGCAUCAUUAUGUGUAAUCAUCACAGUAUUUUGUAGUAACAAAAGUCCCCCCUCUCAUGGAUAAGUGUCCUUGCAUCAAGUAGCUCAUCGGUGCUACAAAACAGAACACAGAAGACAACCUUCGAACAGUAUGUCAGUGUUUAUACACAAGAUGUAUUUACUCUAGAGUAUUUUUGAUAUUUCUUUUUAUUCAGACUAAAUCCGGGCCCUCUGAGGAUCACCAUUUUAUUUUCCAGACAUUUAGAACUUUUUAACCAGGACAUGAACAAUAUGUGUUGACCGCAUUUCCCUAACUCAACCCAAAGAUGUAUCUCUUCCACCGACCCAGUGGCACUGUAUGUGGUAGUAAUGCGACCACGGGCCUAGUAUCAGUGUGAGGGAGGACAGAGAACACCCGGGGCCUACGGUACUAUGGUCUUUGUAUUUUUAUACGUGAAGGUAUAUUGGAUGGUUUGUGAGGAAAGAUUGGAGUGCAUCUUUGUGUCUUUUUAAGGCUUAGAAAGAGUUUGUUAAGUAACAGCUAAAAGCACUGGUGAAGCCGGCUUGGCUGCGUUGAUGCAGGUAAGAUUCGUCAGGGAACCAGAAAGUGAUUUGGGUCUCAAAAGGAUGUGUGAUGUAAAAUAGGAUUUUUUUAAAAUAAUAUAUGUUGAAAUAAACUGGUAAUUAUUCUACAAAUCAAACUUCUUGAACGAAAGUGCAUAGCCUAUUGAUGUCAGAAUUUCUAUUACUUUUUAAAGACGUUUUCACAGUUUCCAGCAAUUGCUUUUGAGCAAUUAAAUCUUUUGUAAACUCUUUUUUUUUUUAAUUUAAGUAUCUAUCUUUUUAUACAUUUAGAUUUUUAAGCUCACAGCCUCCUUUAUGUACUCACACAGCUCUAUUGUUUAUGUUUUAUGAAGGUUUAUGUAAAAUUUUAGAUUUUGUCUCCUCUUCUACUUUGUGCAUUUUGGAAAACAAUGGAUUAAUAAAUGUGGACCACGUGUUUCUGCUGUAUUUA